AGUAGCCAUUGAUUUGAAAUUGAAAGUAAGGAUGAAAUGCACAAGAAGAAUUGGACUUCGUUAUUACUCUACUGCUUCACCUUCAACUUCCCAUUUCAAUCAAAGAAUUACAUCCCUCAAAAAUGCUUCAGGACCCACCAAGGUGAAUGACGCCCUCCAACUGUUUGAUGAAAUGCUUCAAAGACAACCUCCACCUUCCAUCUUCCAAUUUACUCAGUUGAUUUCUGUUAUUGUAAAGAAGAAGCAAUACUCCACUGCCCUUAUACUCUUGGAGCAAAUGAAGCUGAUGGGUAUUCCUUCUAAUAUCUAUACUAUCAACAUCUCUAUUAACUGUCAUUGCCGGUUGAAUCAAGUUGCUUACGGUUUUGCCCUACUGGCAACCACCUUCAAGCAAGGGCAUCCACCCAGUUUGGCCACCUAUACUACUCUCAUUCAUGGACUUGUUCUUGCUGAUAGGGUCUUUGAAGCUGUUGAGUUGUUCAAGAAACUGCUUAGAGAGAAAGUUUGUGAGCCUAAUCAAGUUAUGUAUGGAAGCGUUAUUAAUGGGCUCUGUAAAGUAGGUCACACUAGAAAGGCCCUUGAACUGCUCAGGUUCAUGGAAUCAGGCUCUUGUAAACCAGGUGUAGAACAAUACAGUGUUGUCAUUGACAGCCUUUGCAAAGACAAAAUGGUUGAUCAUGCACUCGAGCUGUUUGCCAAGAUGACUGAAAAGGGUGUCCUUGCAGACGUUAUCACUUACAGCUCUUUGAUUCAUGGACUGUGUAACUUUGGUCGAGAGACAGAAGCUGCAAAAAUGUUGAGGGAUAUGGAGGAGGAAGGAGUAUCUCCCUCAGUGGAUACAUUUAAUAUCUUGGUAAAUGCCUUUUGCAAGCAAGGAUCUGUAAAAGAUGCAGAGCUUGCUGUACAAGCAAUGGUACGAAGAGGUCUAAAUCCAGAUGUAAUCACUUAUAGUGCAUUGAUUGAUGGAUAUUGUUUACGUGGUGAAAUAGAUAAAGCAGAGGAAGUUCUCGAUGGCAUGGUGAAGAGGGAUAUUGUACCUAACAUCAUCACAUACAACAGCCUGAUAAAUGGAUAUUGUAAGAAGAAGCAAAUUGAUAAGGCCAGGCAUCUCUUUCAAGAAAUCCAAGACAAGGGUUUGAUUCCUGAUGUUGUUACUUACAGUAGCAUGUUACAAGGUUUGUAUGGUUCAGGGAAUCCUGCAGCGGCUAGAGAACUCUUUAACGAGAUGCAAGCAAAGGGUCUGGCUCCCAAUAUAUGCACCUAUCGUAUCUUGUUGCACGGAAUGUGCAAAAACUCCCAGUCUCCUGAUGCCUUGGCUCUCUUUCGAUCACUGGAAAGCAAAGAAUUGAUGGAAGAUGUAGGGUUGUAUAAUAUAUUGAUUGACGGUUGUAGCAAAUGUGGGAAGCCUAACGAGGCUAUGGAUCUGUUUGAUGAACUCUGUUUAAAAGGAUUAAAACCGAAUGUUAGGACAUAUACAGUAAUGAUAAGUGUGUAUUGCGGAGAAGGGUUAUUGGGUAAAUGUAAAGAAUUGCUUAGAAAGAUGGAAGAGAAUGGUUGUUUGCCAAAUAGCAUGACGUACAAUGUUCUUGUUCGAGAGUUGUUGAAGAAAAACGAGUGUCAGGAGGCAGAGAUAUAUCUUGAAGAAAUGAUAAACCGAGGUUUUAUGCCUGAUCACGCUACUUUUGAGAAUUUACUACCCCGGAUCCCAAACGUAGGAAAAGAUUCUCGUUUGCGAACUAUCAUUCUAAAACUAACUAGUUGGCGGUUGUGGUUCGAAGUAGGGGGCGGAGGAACAGUGCUUCUGCCUGUUUUGAAAUUGAAAGCAGAGAUGAACUGCACGAGAAGAAUUGGACUUCGUUAUUACUCUACUGCUUCACCUUCAACCUCCCAUUUCAAUCAAAGAAUUACAUCCCUCAAAAAUGCUUCAGGACCCACCAAGGUCGAUGAUGCCCUCCAACUGUUUGAUGAAAUGCUUCAAAGACAACCUCCCCCUAACAUCAUCCAACUUAAUCAGCUCAUCACUCUUAUUGUAAAGAUGAAGCAAUAUUCCACUGCCCUUUCACUUUACAAACAAACAAAGUUGAUGGGUAUUCCUACUGAUCUUUAUGCAAUGAACAUCUCUAUCAACUGUCAUUGCCGGUUGGAUCAAGUUGCUUACGGUUUCGCCUUACUAGCCACCAUCCUCAAGCAGGGUCAUCAACCCGAUUUGGCCACCUAUAACACUCUCAUAAAUGGGCUUGUUCUUGCUGAUCGAGUUUUUGAAGCGGUUGAGUUGUUCAAGAAACUGCUUAGAGAGAAAGUUUGUGAGCCUGAUCAGAUUACGUUUGGAAUCGUUAUUAAUGGACUGUGUAAAGUAGGUCACACUAGCAAGGCCCUUGAACUGCUCAGGUUCAUGGAAUCAGGCUCUUGUAAAUGUAAACCAUAUGUAGAACAGUACAAUGCAGUCAUUGACAGCCUUUGCAAAGACAAAAUGGUUGAUCAUGCGUUAGAACUAUUUGCCAACAUGACCCAAAAAGGCGUCAUUGCAAGUGUUUUCACUUACAACUCUUUGAUUCAGGGUCUGUGUAACUUUGGUAGAGAGACAGAAGCUGCACAAAUGUUGAGAGAUAUGGAGGAGGAAGGGGUAUCUCCAGGAGUGCAUACCUUUACUAUCUUGGUGGAUUCUUUUUGUAAGAAAGGAUCGGUAAAAGAUGCAGAGCUUGCUGUACAAGCAAUGGUACGAAGAGGACUACAUCCAGAUGUAAUCACUUAUAGUGCACUAAUUGAUGGAUACUGUUUACGGGGUGAAGUGGAUGAUGCAGAGAAAGUUAUAGAUCGCAUGAUGGAAAGGGAUAUUGUGCCCGACAUCAUCACAUAUAGCAGGCUCAUAGAUGGAUACUGUAAGAAGAAGAGAAUCCACAAGGCCUGGCGUCUCUUUCAAGAAAUCCAAGACAAGGGUCUGAUUCCUGAUGUUGUUACUUACGGUAGCAUGUUACAAGGUUUGUUUGAAUCUGGGAAUCCUGCAGCUGCUAGAGAACUCUUUAACAAGAUGCAAGUAAACGGCCAGGUUCCAGAUAUAUGCACCUAUCGUAUCUUGUUUCAUGGAAUGUGCAAAAACUAUCAGUGUUCUGAUGCAUUGGCUCUCUUCCGGUCGUUGGGAAACAAGGAAUCGAUGGAAGAUGUAAGGUUGUAUAAUAUAUUGAUUGAUGGUUGUAGCAAAUGUGGGAACCCUAGCUUGGCUAUGGAUCUGUUUGAUGAACUUUUAUUGAAAGGAUUGAAACCGGAUGUUAGGACGUAUAAUGCUAUGAUGCGUGUAUAUUGCGAAGAAGGGUUAUUGGGUAAAUGUAAAGAAUUGCUUAGAAAGAUGGAAGAGAGUGGUUGUUUGCCUGAUAGCUUCACAUACAACAUUAUUGUUCGAGAGUUACUGAAGAAAAACGAGUGUGGAGAGGCUGAGAUAUUUCUUGAAGAGAUGAUAAACCGAGAUUUUAUGCCUGAUCAUGCUACUUUUGAAAAUUUACUAGUCCGGAUCCCAAAUGUAGGAAAAGAUUCUCGUUUGCGAACUACUGUUCUAAAGCUAACGAGUGUAGAAAGAAAAGAUGUCUGAGUACCUAAUCUAACAUCUCGGCUCGUUUCCUGAUCUUGUCAAAAUCCAACUUGGGUGUUUGCUUUCUGCUGGUCUAAGUUGCACAGAACAUGAUUUUUAAAACUUGGUAUCCUGUAAUUUUAUCAAAAUGAAUGGAGAGAAGUAUGUAGACAUUGAACUAUUAUUCAAAAUCUCAUAUUAUUCUGGAUAAUAUUGCAACCACCCACUUGAAAUGA